AUGAAGGAAUUCAGGAAAUGUGGGAAUCAAGCGAUAAAUCCAGCGGGAGCACGGAAAUUUACUUACGACUUGUAUCCUUUCAUGCAACCAUUAUGGAUAAGAACCAUAAAACAGUCGAUGCUAAACUGCAAAAUUGAGGAAGUAGCUUUAGAAACCGAAUGCGACAAUUGUACAAUUAACUCGCCGUUAGGAACACUUUCGGGCAGCUUAAACGGAACGGCCACCGUUAACUUUAUCACCCUAAUCUGGGACAAUUCGUAUAAAGAAAAGAAAGACUGUGAGCUUAAGUUAGUAAGAAGCGGGGAAGGAUUACUUUACAAAACGAAUGAGGCCGAAAUCAAACGAUUACAAGACAAACACAGCCAAACAGAUUUUUUGAUCAACACAACCAUGCUAGCGUACUGCGGAAAACGACAGUUUCAAAGUGUUAUGGGAAUGGAAAAAAUUUUGAUAGCAAUUAACAUGGCACCGCCUACAGGGGAGUUCGAAAAAUUCGAUGCAAAUGCGACGAUAGAGAACGAGAAUAAAACCAGCGGGAAUACUACUAAGGCACAGAUCAAACAAGUGGCCUCUACGUUAAAAGCAGAAAUAGAAGCAGCAGCCCAUGUCCAGUACACCAGAGACAUAGCACUGGACUACGAAAAUAGACUAGCACGAGAAAUUCGGCGAUUGCAAUGCGAAAACAGGAAAAUGAAUCAUCACAGUGUUAUAGUAAGCGCACAGUAUAAUGGCUGGUUAGCAGCUGCCCACAUGCAACUCCCAAGAUUUCAAGGGAGAAAACUAAUUGAAACGGAGAAAUUCGAAGCCGACAACACUUUAGCAACCCUUCUGCAAAUGCAUCCAGCAAUUCAAAAUAGCCCUUUGAGUCAUGCGUCGGUGAUGGCUGACAUCCUUGCCACCAUUCACGAACAUCAUUCAGAGGACAACACAAAAGAACUUCUCACUUCCAAUGUCUUAAUUCACCAUAGCGAUGCCCCCCACGUAGAUUUUGUAGCAAAAAUGGGAGGGUGGAUAACAAAUUAUGGAGCCAUUUCAGGCUUCGGGAUGAUUUCAGUAUUCGCCGUUAGAUUUUGUGGUAUCGGAUUCCUCCUACUCAAAGCCUUCCCAAUUAUGCCAAAAAUAUUCCAACUUAACUGCUUCAGCAAAACACCAGCAGCAAUUACUGCAACAGCCACACCACCGCCGAUUCAAAUCAUUAUGCCUCCUACCAGCAGUUCAUAUUCAACCAAAUCCACAGCCUCAGAACGACAAACAGAGCCCCCACGCAGAAAGAAGAGGCAGCGAAACCGCCAACGCCCUAAUCAACCUGAAACCGAAUCCUUCCUCCAAGAAAAUCAAGCCAACCCUCCCAGACGAGCUUGA